AUGGAUGCCGCGGCGAAGACGGUCGAGUCGCUGUCCGAGCACAUCUUGCCCGAGAAGCCCCAUCACCUCUCAUACCACACCAAUUGGCGAUAUCGCGUGCGCCCAGACGAUCCGGCUCCUGGCUCCCGCCCGCGCUUCGAGGAAUGGCAUAACACCCGCCUGCAAUACAUGACCCUCGUGUCCCAAGCCGACCGCGGCACCCUAAUGACGCGCUCCUACUACGACAUGCGCGAGGAGCCGCCCAAGCCCGUCCCCCGCGAGGUCAGCGCCUUGGCCGCCGGCGGAGACAAGAAGAAGAAGCUGUCGCUGAGCGACUACAAAAACAAAAAGACUGGCACGCCUUCGUCUGCGUCGCCGCCCGAGCCCGCCAUUGCCAAGAAGUUGGAUGGCGAGCGCGUGCCGCCGUCGAAUCCGGACCGUCUCACCGUGGCCAACACGUCCAACCCCCACGGCGCGGCAGAGCCCAAACCAAGCAAACGCACCCCAGACUCCAGAAAGCUGGACGGGCUUAAGGCGCCCGACUCCCGGCCGUCGCUAGAUGGCAAGUCGCGGCCAGCUCGUGAUGGCCCAGACACAACUCUCCCGCCUAAACCGCCUUCGUUGCCUCCGAAGCCCCCGUCGCCAGCUGCCAGGAAACGGCUGGUCGAUGUUGAGGACGAGUUCCGACCCCAGAAGCGUUCAAAGCCCGACGAUAGGCGACCCAUCGACGAACGGCCGCCGCCACUGUCGAAUAGAGACGACCCGCAGCGUCGUAAGGAUAGACUGCAGGCGAGCGCGCGUGAUAGCCUCCCACCGAAAGAGGACCGGCUGUCCUCCUCAUCCUCGUUGCCCAACGGGCGUUCCAUUCUAAAAGGCGCUGUGAACACCGCGCGAAAUCCAUCACCGGGAGCUCGUCCGCGAGGCGACUCGACAAAUGGGGUCCGCCCGAGCUUGGGCGGCAGCAAUCGCGGCACUCCUACCAAAUCCGAUGCCUCCAAGUCGUUUGUGCCGCCUUUGCUCUCCCCACUACACUUGAGUUUCGACGACCAGAAUCGUACCCGUGGUGAUGGCGACGAGGGUCCCACUGCCCGCAAGAAGAAGCGGGACGAUUCAAGGGACGCCGCGCCGGCUGCGAAGACAAAGAAGAGUGAGGCACUGCCUUUGAGCAAGAAGAACCGGCCGCCGGCAGUCAUACCACCAUUACUGUCGCCCACACUACCGCCGGCCGUGGAGAUCGAGUUGCGACGGAAGAACAAUGCGUCGCCAGAGCCCUCGGACGACAAGAGUAGAGAUGGCAGAGACGCGCUGGGGAUCAAGAAGGACCCCGCGUCUGACAACGGCAACGAGGAGCCUGCCAAGCCCGGUCCACGCCGGAAGCUCCUGGUUACGCUCGACAUACCGAAGCAGUUGCGGCCCACGGUCAGGAAGAUUCUUGCCUUGCCGCCGGCUCGAAAGGACGCGGCGAAGCGAGACAGAGAUAAGGAGCGAGAAAAGGAAAGUGAAAGAGAGCGCGACCGCGGCGGCAGCGACGACGAGUCCCAGGCCCCCCCAGCAAGAAAACGCCCCGUUGGCGCUGUCGACUCUGCAGCAGAUUCACAGGCCACCAAGAGACCACGGGUGUCCGAUACUUCCCAUCUAUCUCGAGUGGCGGCCACGCCGUCGACACCGUCACGCAGAUCAACCGCAAUGUCUCGCGCCAGUUCCGGCAACUCCAUGGCCAACACCCCCGGCGAGGGCGUACAAGCCACGCCCACGACUUCGGUCGACAGACGGCCCAACGGCCAAGGCGUGACAGUAACCAAGCCGGAACAUCAGCGAGAAAUGAAAACACUCCUUGAGAUGCAGGAUCGCUUGAAGAAGCGGGCUAAGGGCCUCAAACACGAUUCGGACUCAACCUUCCAGAAAUAUAACGCCAUUAGCAGGCGGCAUGACGAGGACAAGAUGAAGUAUGGCUUCGCGCUGGCUUUGGAGUGCAUUAUCACGUUCACAAUGGCGUUUCAGGCUAUGAACCCCUCGCGCCGGCUGUCGAAGCACAGGGGCGAUUAUGCUACCUGGUUUAGCAUGAUCCCGCUGCUGGACUCUGUGUACAACGAGAUGCGGCGAGAGGGCAUAAACACCAACAAGCCCGUUUUUGCGGCUCUGCUCGUGCUGCACUGCACGUGCGUCGAUGAAGUACUUCGAUACGCUUCCAACUUGGACAGCCGCCCGCUUAAGUACGAAGAGGUGAUCACCAUGGAACGCCAACGGACGCGGUAUUGGCCCUGGGUAGGUGAGAUAAACAGCACCAUUGCCGACCCGGACAUGCGAAUCGAUGUCAAGCCCUGGUACACCAUCGACGAGGUGACCAACGCAGCACUCAGGGUGGUGCGAAACUGGUGUGCGCAGGAGAACAUUGACUGGACCCCGGACCCCAUGCUCGCCGAGUAUUGGCCCUUUCAGCGUGGCCACGCUUAG